AGCCCAAACACAAAUCUUCGGGAAAGUCCUGAAGGGAGAGCUAACGGAGCUAAAGCUAACCGAGCUAAAGCACGGAGCUGCCGAGAAAAGUUCGCAAAGUUGUUUACGGCUCAUAUUUCAAACAACUUCAACAGUUACAUAGUCAUUUCGCUCGACACAUUUCAUCAUGGAGGUGUCUCAGAGGUCCCGCUCUUUAUAUAACUUGUUCUGGUCCGUUUUCGUGGCAUAGCUGGAAAACUAGUAAUAACAGUUAGCUUAGCAUUGGUCUCCCUAACAAAACAGCCUCCUGAGCCUUGUUGGACGGCAGAAGGUUGGAACUUUAUUCACAGGUUCCUCUGACAGCGACACCUUCAACAUGUCUAUCCUAGGACUGAAGAAGAAGCAGCCGAAGACUUUCAAAGUUAAAGUUAUCACCAUGGACGCCGAGAUGGAGUUCAGCUGUGAGGUGAAGUGGAAAGGUAAAGACCUGUUUGACCUGGUGUGUCGCACUGUUGGUUUGAGGGAGACCUGGUUCUUUGGACUCAGGUACACAGUAAAGGACACCUAUGCCUGGCUGAAACCAGAGAAACGGGUCUUGGACCAGGAGGUUCCCAAGGACUCUCCUAUAACAUUUCAUUUCCUGGCCAAGUUCUUCCCAGAAAAAGUAGAAGAAGAGCUGGUCCAAGAAAUAACCCAGCACCUCUUCUUCUUACAGGUUAAAAAACAGAUAUUAGAUGAGGAGAUAUUCUGUUCCCCUGAAGCGUCUGUUCUUUUGGCAUCAUAUGCUGUCCAAGCCAAGUACGGGGACUAUGACCCAAACUUUCAUAAGCCGGGCUUCCUCGCACAAGAUGAACUUUUGCCAAAAAGAGUUUUGAUGCAAUAUCAAAUGACAGCUGACAUGUGGGAAGAGAAGAUCACAGCUUGGUAUGCAGAGCACAGAGGCAUUGCCAGGGAUGAGGCUGAGAUGGAAUACCUAAAGAUUGCUCAGGACCUUGAGAUGUACGGUGUCAGCUACUUUGCCAUCACUCAAAAUAAGAGGGACACUGACCUGCUACUCGGAGUUGAUGCUCAGGGUCUUCACAUCUACAGCCCCAACAGCAAACUCAACCCCAACAAGUCCUUUCCGUGGAGCGGCAUCCGCAAUAUCUCUUACAGCGAAAAGGAGUUUACAAUCAAACCCCUGGACAAGAAGAAAGAUGUUUUCAAGUUCUACUCAUCUCAACUGCGUGUCAAUAAGCUGAUCCUGCAGCUGUGCAUUGGUAACCAUGAUCUUUUCAUGAGGAGGAGGAAGGUGGACUCCAUUGAAGUGCAGCAGAUGAAGGCUCAAGCUAAAGAAGAGAAGGCCCGCAAGAAGAUGGAGCGUCAAAUCCUGGCAAGAGAAAAACAGAUGAGGGAGGAAGCAGAACGAGCAAAAGAAGAGAUGGAACGAAGACUUUUCCAGCUGCAAGACGAGGCACGACUGGCCAACGAGGCACUGCUGCGAUCCGAAGAGACGGCAGACCUGCUGGCGGAGAAGGCUCAGAUUGCCGAGGAGGAGGCCAAGCUGUUGGCCCACAAGGCUGCAGAGGCUGAGCAGGAGAGGCAGAGAUUGGAGGUCACUGCCAUGAAGACCAAGGAGGAGAAAAGGCUGAUGGAGCAGAAGAUGAGGGAGGCCGAGCAGCUGGCUGUCAAACUGGUGGAGCAGUCUGAGAGGAGGCUGAAGGAGGCAGAUCACCUGAAACAGGACCUGACUGAGGCAAAGGAUGCUGAGCGGAGAGCCAAACAGAAGCUGCUGGAGAUCACCAAAACAACAUACCCUCUCAUAGCGGCAUACUCUACCCCCCCUGCUCCCCCUGUUCCUCCUGAAACACCUGACUUCGCCUACGAAUCUGCGUCUACACGCCUUGACUUCAAGGACUCUGAUAUGAAAAGGCUGUCUAUGGAGAUCGAGAGAGAGAGGCUGGAGUACAUGGAGAAGAGCAAACACCUGCAGGACCAGCUGAAGGAGCUGAAGACUGAGAUCGAGUCUCUGAAGUUGGAGGAGCAGCAGCAACAGGCUGGCCUUUACAACCUCCGCAGUGAGGCGAGGGGAUACGUCCAGGAGCCUGUGUACAUACCUCACAGCAACCGAAACUCUGCAUACAUGUCCCAGAUGGCCUACUUCGAAGAAGUGUGAUCGUAGCCCUGCAAGAUGAGGAAGGAUGGCAUCGGUCGUUGUGACACUGUGCUUUCUCUAAACGUUUGGUUAAUUUUUUACCUGGCUGAAACUAACAGACAGACGGACACAAACACCAUGACUGUGCGCUUUGGAAAGACUUUCCACUAGCUCGGCAGCCUGCACAGGCUGUCCUGCUACAUUGUACCACCUGCUACACUACAGCACCUUUCACAUGUGGACACAACAACGUGUAUCACACUGAUUCGGGGAAAGGGUGCUGAAGAUGGAUGUAUGACGAGUUUUGAUUUGCUGAUGUGUUUUUGUGGCUGUAAGGGAUGCUCAGCACUAAGAUGGUCGCAUACAGAAUCAUAUUUCAGUGAAAGUUUUACAUUUAUGCCUUAACACAUUUUGGGUUCAGAUUUGUCACAAACCAGCUAUAGACAAAGUUCCUGCAUCAGAUGUAUUGAGGUCAUUUCUUCAGGCUGUGGGACAAAUCUGGAAAGGCAUAAAUAUUUUGUAUGUCUGGAAGCAUUUGGUCAUUUUCUUUCAGUGUUCAGUGAGUCCCAAAUUCCAAAUCCAUUGAACAAGGUAUGGUCCAAUGUAGCUUUGAACAGUGAAAACAUUCAAGAUCACUUUUGAUCUAAUGACUGAUGUGUGGUGUGAAAAAGAACAUAGUGAUCUUGCUCAUAAAGGUAAUUUAUUAAAGAAAAGUCUAAAUUUGACCUCUAGACGUGCAGGGACGGUGUCUAGAUGUGACACUCCACGAAAAUGUAAAAUCCAGUGUUUGGUCUUUCAUUUGUAUUUGCUUGCUCUUUCUGUUACACACAGGUGCCUUUAUUGUUUCUAGUGCGUCAACAUGAUAGUUAUUAGGUUAAUAGAAGUGUAGUGUACAGCCACAAGCUUGAGCUCUGUCAUUUCAAAUGUAUUUUGUACUCUAGACCGUCAAUGUGCCGUGAACUUUAUUUUGUACUAUUAUGAUUUGUGUUUUUUCAGUUUUAUUUGGGAUCAUUGUGCUCAUGCGUCUUAGCAUUAGGGUUAUGUUUGGGUUUGAUGUCAUACCAAGACUGAUUUACAGAACAGCACAUCAUUUUCUUCUUGUUCUUCAGCUCGUGUUCUUCUCAGGGUUAGUAGAGACAAUCACUGCAGGUAGAAUCUCAUUGUUUUUCACCCCCUGAGAUAUACAGUAUGGUAUUCAUCGAUGUUUACCUUUAUGAACUCUUUGUCCAAUCGUAACUUCACAAAUCUAUCUUCAGUACAUCCUUAAAGGGGAGAGGCUGGAUGCUACGAACAGGCAGAGAUGUUUAUUUAGACCGGCCCGUUAGAACCACUUGAUUAUGGACUGAUGACAAACAGUUGCUUCGUUAUUGCCCUCAUGAUCAGGUUAUAAAUAACUUAGGCUAACAUUUGUAUUGUGUCAAAUGACCAAGUAGAAAUGUUCUUUUUGCUUUAGUGCUUCAGUUUGCAUCUCUAACUUUAUUUAUUUGAGCUAUAAACCGUUCAAUAACUUACACACAUACACAUUUUCUGAGGUCUUUUAUUGCCGGGGUCUGUAAUAUAAUUUAUUGUUUGUUUUUAUUUUUCUAUAAUGGCAUUCUGCCAAAUGAAUGUCCUGUGUUAGAAAAGUGUUCCACAUCUGAAACAGUGUUGUGUCUUAUGGGAUUAGCUUCACUCUCAAGUGACAGGUUUCUCUGUGUCAUUACAGCAGUGUUUGUUUUGCCUGAUGUCGGUGCAGACAUAAGGACUGUCUUGUAAAUAAUGAUAUAAUUAUUCUGGCUUCUUAAAAUGCAAUCAUGUGAACUACAGAGCGAACACUACCAUCAAGGCUGCAUGGGCCUCUAAAUGUGUGAUAAUACAUUCUUAUUAAAAUUGCAUAAUCUGCAGUUGAAUCAAUCAAAUCUAAAUAUUUACAGACAGUGACUGUGGUUAUCAUCUUUGCAGUGUCUAUUUACAGUUAUUAUGUCCCUGUAGUGCAGUCUACGGGUGAUCACUCACAUGUGCAGAAGACCAGAUGCCAUUAAGAACUGAAAAGUUGUAUUUGGUGUCACAAAUGAAUGUGCUUCAUUUGUGACAUAAGCUGCAUGAUGUCACUAUUUAUACUGUUUAGUGCAGAUCAAAUGUAGUCAAUGAUCACAGCGUCCUGUUCUCCAGGGGUCACAUCUGAGGGAAUACUCAGCACUGUUGCAUGUUUGCAUUAAAGGACCAAUGUGUAGGAUUUAGUAGCAUCUAGGCUUGUAGUUGGUGAUUGCAACCUCCUGGUCUGCUUUCUGGUGAUGAGAGAUAAACUAUGGUUGCCCACAAAAAACCCCCACAGAAGACCCUAACUAGAGCCAGGCUUUAGUUUAUCCAUUCAGGGCUCCUGUAGAAAAAUGGUGGACUCCAUGGAGGAAGACCUGCAGCCUCUGCUGAUAUAAAAGGUUAAUUGUAAAAACAUACGGAUUCUUAUUUUCAGGUGGUUCAGAUUAUACACUAAUGAAAACAUAGUUAUGAAUCUGAGUCUGUUCCUAACACUGGACCUUUAAACAAAUGAGUAAAAUAUUGCAGACUGCACUAAAUGUGACAUGGCCCUUCUGAAAUACACGCACAUACCUUUGGGUACACUUGUACAAACUGAUAAGUGUGUGUGUAUGUUCAGAAAUAUUCAUAUUCAAAUAUAGAAUAAAGAGCAUUUUUGUGUUCACUAAAAUCAUUUGGUUUUGUGUGAGGUGAAAUGAAAAUGUGCCUGUCUUUAAUACAGUUACAAUGACCU